AUGUUAAAACAAAUCAAGGAUAAGUCACUUUCAUAACUAAUAGUAGAGUUAUAAUAGAAAUAUUAAGAAGAGAAUGACCAAUCGAAUUUAUUCUAGAAACUUUAUCAAUAAUAAGUGGAAUAAGAAAGUUCUACAGAAUCAUCUAAUUUUGUUCCUCCUCUCUUUUCUGGAUCUACUGGUUCCUAAUCCUCUAAUUAAUAUGAAGGUAAAAAACUUCUUGUAUCAAAGGAGUGGAAAAAAAAAUAAAGAAAACCAAAAUAAGCUAAAAUCCUAACAAAGUAACUCAGGAUGAUAAAAAACCUUUAACUGAGGUAAAAGAUAAAAAAACUCAAUUAAUGAUUCGAAAUAGAAUAUCAGCUUAAAAUUCUAGAGAUAGGAAGAAAGCUUACCUAUAAAAAUUAGAAAGUGAUUUUUAAAAAUAAUCUAAUUAUCUUCAAGAAUUGACAGAAUAAGUUAGUCAUCUACAAUAGUAAUUAGAAGAAGCUCAAAAACUUAAUUUGCAUUUGUAAUAAUAUUAAUAGAAUCUAAUUUGUAAUAAUUGUGGAAGUAAGUAAUUUAUCUUUGAAGAAGAUGAACCUAUUUCUGUUUCUAAAAAUAGAAGUUUAAGCAAAUUAGGAUUUUCAUUUAUAGUUAUAUUAACUAUUUUUGCUUGUCUUUCUAUUAACUUUGAUACUAAACCUCAAAAUUUGCUUAUCUCUCCAUAAAUAUAGUUAGAGAAACCAUUUAUUAAGGAAUUAAAUAGUACUGAUUAACAUUAUGGAAUUUUGAAGUAAGUUGAAAAUAGUAGGAUUAAAGGGGUAACCUAAUUAAUGGAGUAUAAUUCAGAAUAUAAUAACAAAUUUUAUGAUACAAAUUAUCAGGCCAACUUAAAUACUAAAGAAAGUUUUGUCAAUGAAAUGAUAAAUUAUAAUAAAGAAAAGGCCAAGUAAAAUAAUGGUAAGGCAUUAGCCCCAUUAAAUUAUCAUAACCCAUAAGUAGAUUCAUUUUAUUGCCCAACCGUUUAUAAGUAUGACAACCAAACUUAGGGGUAAUUUAAUAGAAUAAGUUAGUAAAAUAUAGGUGAAAUACUAGGAUGAAUAAUGGAUUCAUUUAGUUAUACCAAAGAAUAAUUACAAUAUAUUUUAUCAAAAUUAAGAUAAAUCAAUAAUAUUAAAAGAAACAUAUGCAGACUAAGAUGGUGAUAUGAAAUAUCAAGAAAUUUGGUGUUAAGUAAAAAGUAAAGAUGACUUCUAUAUUUGA